UUCUUCUUCUUCUUCUUCUUCUUGUUCUUCCACAUUUCUUUUUUGUUUUAUUAAUACAUAUUGACAUUUUAAGUACUGUCAAUUACUCCUAUAUACAUAUUCAUGACGCAUACCUGCCAACCUAUUGUCGAUGGCGUCCCGUAUGUGCAGUGGAUUCAUACAUUAUUCGGUGAUUGUGUCUACGGAUGGAGGGAUUCUAUCAGUGUAUUACUCGGUUAUUUGUCCAUUUUUUGUUGGUUAAACGCUCAAAUGCCACAAGUCAUCAAAAAUUACCGGUUACAUGACGCUGAAUCUCUUAGUUUCACGUUUUUAACCAUUUGGCUCAUCGGUGAUGUGGCCAAUUUUAUUGGCUGUAUAGAAACGAACCAGUUGCGAUUCCAGUUAUAUCUGUCUAUUUAUUUUAUCAUUAUAGAUACCGUGCUUUGUAUGCAAUGGCUAUAUUAUGUAAAAUUCGCCGACAAUCGUCUUCGCCAAUGGUUGAAUCCCGAGGAGCCGAAAUCUUAUAUUUAUAACGUCGAAAGCACCUGUAGUUCUAGCAGUCAAUCUCGCCCAUUGUACGACAGGGAAUCUCAAUUGAAAUCUGCCAGCUUAUCAACUGCUAAUCAACCCACGGAACAAACCCAAUUAUGUGGUCAGACUGAUCGUGCACCCAAGUAUACCCAGCUUCUUGUCGUCGGCGUCCUAUCAUUAAGUGUCACAACACCCACCAUUACAUCACGAGACAUGUCCCAUGUCCUUUCGGACGAAGAAAUGCUGUGGGUGGGACGUUUUUUCGCCUGGUUAUGCACUUUUCUGUAUCUAUCAUCGCGGUUGCCACAGAUCGCACAAAAUUUCCGUCGCCGCUCUGUAGAAGGGUUGUCAAUGGCUCUCUUCUUUUUUGCCGCCAUGGGAAAUCUCACUUACACAUUGAGUAUAUUCACAAAUCCACAUGCUACACGACAGUCCUUACUUGAAGCCGUACCCUACAUCAUGGGUAGUGCAGGAACACUCAUGUUUGAUACCGUGAUCUUUGGACAAUACUUGACCUAUACUUACCGCAAGUCAAGGUCGACCCUGACAAUUGCCUAAUUAGCUUCAAGAGUAAAUAUGUAUAAUCAAAUGUUUCAUUUGCGUGCGCCGUAUUUGUUAAAUUGUAUCCAUUGUUUGGCUUUGACAGUGGUUCAUGGCAUUAUGUAAGAUUCUGUAUUAUUUAAUCCACUAAGCAAAGACACGGUUUCUCGGCCGAUAUCGCUGCCACCACAACGAUGUCGUGCUUAAUAUAUCAGGUGACA